AAUGUGUAUUCAGUUUUAUACAGCCCACAAGGCUAGUGAUAUAAUUCUAACAACCCACAUACAAAGUAGGUUUGUACUGAUCUUUACUUUCUAUACAUAACAAAAGAUUGCUAUGAAUUAACUUUUUAUAUAACUGGGGGGUCGGACGUAAAAAUAAUUUUACGUCCGACACCAAAUUUAAUAAUAUUUACAUUUAAUACCAAAUUAUAUUUUCAGUGAUUUUAUGAAGUAAUUAACCGCCUAUAUUGUAAAUAUCUUUAUUUAUAUUUGUAGAACAUAAUUUUUGUUUUGUAAGUUGUCACACCUGCACUUGUGCAUUUUGGUUAUUCACAUGUCACCCAUGCUGGCCUUCACAGUCCUUUCUAUUGUUGAAACUGCAGUAUUUUUGUAGUGAAAUACAUUCUUCAACAGAUAAAGAAAGCUACACCAACAGCAGUGUCAUGGCAAAGAUCAGCAACAAAGAAAAGAUGGCACGUCGCAGAGCAAGAAUUAAGGGUGGUGAUCCAGUAAAAAGAGCAGAAUUAUUAGAGAAAGAUCGAUUAAGGAAAGCUAAAUAUAGAAAACAACAGAAGGAAAGUAUGUCUGAGCCAGAACUGAAGAAGUUACGUGCAAAGGAAAGUGAAAGAGUGAAAUGUUGGUAUCAUAACAAAAAAGGUGAGCCAGCAACAAUUGAAAAAAACAGUGACAUACCUUUGUGUUCAACUCCAUUUAAAACAAAACAGUCUUUAGGAAAGGCUAUGAAAAAAAUUCAGCGUAAUUUGCCACAGUCUCCACGAAAAAGGCAACAUGUUGUGCAAUGUCUAGCUAACCAAUGUGGCUUUAAAGUAACUCCUCCAAUAGGAAGAACCAGACAAAAUGAAGUUUCAGAAAAGUUAAGAAAAUGGGUUCAUAUAUUUUAUCAGAAUGAUGAUGUCAGUUGGCAAGCACCAGGAAAGAAAGACAGAGUAAUAUACAAAGAUGUAGACAAGGAUGGAAAUAAAGUGAAACGUGAAGUCCAGGCUCGUUAUCUCUUGGUGUCACUAGGUGAGGCGUAUAAGGUAUUUGUAGAGAAACACCCACAGGUUACAAUUUGUCGAGCAAAAUUUUGUGCACUUCGUCCUAAACACUGUAAACUUUUUUCUCAAAUUCCACAUUUUGUGUGUGUAUGUUCCUAUCAUGAGAAUGUCAGAUUGUUGCUACUGGCACUGAAAGACUUUACAGACUUGCCAACAGAUUUUGAUUCCUUCAUUACUACUCUAGUGUGUGAUGCUUCAUCCAAAGAUUGUAUGACCAACCGUUGUGAAUCUUGUACUAACAGUAUAAGUCAACAUACACCUAAAGAUGAAGAUCUGAGAAAGCCACUUAAAUAUUCUCAGUGGCAAAACAAUGAUGGACAUUCAGAGAAGAUGGAGAUACUGAGUAGUGUGCAAGAAACAUUUGAAGAUUUGAAAAGCAAGUUGAAAGACUUUUUAGUUCAUACCUAUAUCAAACGCAUUCAAGCAAAGACAUUUGAAACCAUUAAAUCAAAUGUUAAUGGCAGUGAAAUUGUGAUUCAAGUUGAUUUUGCAGAAAAUGCAUCUCUGGUGAACCAAAAUGAAAUACAAUCAGCUCACUGGAGCCAUGGACAAUCAACUUUAUUUACAAUUUAUGCAUGGAUUAAUAAAAACCUAACUGAAGGGUGUGUAAUAGUAUCUGAUGAUUUUGAACACACCAAAUUACAAGUUUUUUGUUACAUUAAUCAUAUUCUUACGUAUUUGAAAACUUCCUACCCAGAUAUUAGUACAGUAAAUGUAUUCUCAGAUGGUGCUUCGUCACAGUUCAAAAAUCGUUUUAUUUUUUCAGUACUUGCCAAACUGGAAGAAAUUCACACCAUAAAACUUAAAUGGCAUUUCUUUGCGACUUCGCAUGGAAAAGGUGUUGUUGACGGUAUUGGGGGAACAAUUAAAAGAAGUGUCUGGAACCAUGUCAAGGCAAGUAGAAGCAUUGUAAACACACCAGAAAAGUUUGCAAGAAUUGCAGCAGAGCGAAAUCCCAACAUCACUGUGUGUUACAUCACAGCAGAAGAGAACAGAAGCAAGAACAACACAGUAGCUGAGAUAUGGGCCAAAGCAUUGCCAGUUGCAAACACACACAGUGUUCACUGCGUUACUCCUGUUGGAAACAAGUACAUUUUAGUUGGUGGUACCAGUGACAGUAAUGAAGUAUUUAGGAAAGUGAAAAUAAGCAGAGAUGAGGGCAGUAACAGUGAAGGAGACAUCAUGAGUAAUAGCACUAAAUGUAACCACGUGAAUCUAGACGACUGGGUUAUAGUUAAGUAUGAUGGCAAACUGUUUCCAGGGCUGGUGAAAAAAUUAAGGCCAGAUUAUGUUGAUGUAUCUGUUAUGCAUCUCUCAGACACUGGUAGUUACUACAAGUGGCCUUCACAAGAAGACUGCAUUUCAUAUUUAUUUAGUGAUGUGGUAAAAAAAAUUGAUGCCCCUAUUGUGACUGGGAGUAGAGGCCAGUUUCAGUUCACUAGCAAAAUAUGAGAAAAUUAAGAUUCAACCAAUUUCAAUUCAUGUUCAUUUCGUGAUUGCCAACAUUUCCUGCUCCUAGUUUGUUAUCCAUAUAGAGUAGGCCUAAUGUUAGCAUUUUUGUUAGUGGUAAUACAGUGAAAGAAAUGUAUCUCAAGGAAAGUGAGAAUAAGAAGAGAGAAAGACUGUGACAGUGACACUUAAGAAGAAACAUCAGUUAUAGUGAUAAAUGUAACCACCGAAGCCAUAUACUGGAUAAUAAGUUAAGUUCCUUUAGUAUUUUUAGUUAAGCUUUGUGAACCAAGUAUUUUUUUGUCAUACAUUUUACGUCCGACCCCAUCAUUUUACGUCCGACACCAAAGUUUAAAAAUGUAUACAUUUAUGAUAACUAAACAGUAUGAUUCAUCUAAUAUAUGCACAUUCUUUGUUAUUAUUCAGGCAAGCUGAAAAAAAUUAUAACAUAAUUCAAUAAUUUCAUUUUUCACAGACAUUAGUUACUUUAGCCCCUGAUGUGCCAAAUGUUUUGUUUUCUGUUUUACGUCCGACACCAAAAAUAAAAAACAAAUUGUUGCCUUGCAUGUUAGCAAAUUCGAACCAUUCCAUGUCAGGAUGUACCCUAUAAUCUCUCUUUUUUUACUCAAGCAUUAAUAUUAAUGAUACAUGGAAAAGAAUAGUAAUACGAAGAAGAUUACUCAACAAAUUUGUUUCUAAAUUUUACGUCCGACACCGUGGAACUGCCCUUUACUAUACUUUACAAUACCAGGGAUGUUAAAAUAAAUUUGAAAAUGAAUAAUUCAAUUAUAACCAUUCGUGGUUCGCAAAAUAUACUAAACCAGGUGGGAUUAUGGUAUAAAAUAUGAUAGAGUGGCAAAUAUAUCUUCUGUAUCAUGUUGUUUA